AUGGCUUCUUCAGGAGAGGCACAGCUGAGAACUGUGUCUGACAGUCCUGCUGCCCAGUAUUCCAACUUGGCCGCUGCUGCCACUUGGGCCCCAUCCCAAAAAUAUGCUACCUGUCACUUCUGUGUCAGGCAGGUGAGUGACUGGCCUGGGGUCACCAUGGGUACAACUGUCCUGUCAAAGCAUCUGAAAAGCACUGGCAGAGAGGAGUUGGAUUGAGGUGGCCACACUCCCAUGGAGCAGUACCAUGACCAUGCCUCUGGCUCCCUAAAAAUAUGGAGGAGGGACUGGGGCAAGCUCCUAGAUCAUGUGGAUGCCCUAACUGGAUGGGCCAGCCAGGGUGGAGAGGAAGUGCUGAGGAUGGAGAGGGCCAUAGAAUGGAGGGAGAGGAGUGUGAGAGGAAAUGAAGAGGCCCUGGAGGGGGGAAGAGCCAUCCUGGAGAUGAAGUAGAAGGAGAUUGCUGAGAUGGAGGUAUGCCUGCGACCAGGCAAGGACCUGCCUGCUGCCACACAUCCUGUCCAUCCUGUCUAA